AAUGAAGCGUCACCUGACCCUGUCCUAACACUGCACGGGGGGAGAGGAUAGAUAGCCAGAUAGAUAGGCCUACAGUCUAAAUAAACAUACAUUCGAGUGAGUGGAAGACACAAUUAUUUCCAACAUCUCCAUAAAGUAUAGCCUGGUAGCCUAUACCGCCUCCUUGGAUUGGUGCGACGGUCAGUGUUGUCUCCUGCCACAGGGGUAGAGGCACAUCUGCUGUCGACAGAGAGAGAAGCGCAACGCGCCUAUCAGACAUUCUUGAUCAGAAAAAAACUUCCGGAGCGAAGGUUUUAAUCCACGAGCCGACGAGGACACUGUGCGUCACUACUCCAAAAUCAUUAUUUUGAAAGUCCCCCGUGCACUUUACUCCUUCGGUUUGCCUUUUUUGCGUGCGUCGUGGGGAAGGAAACACUUGACCGUGUAACCGAUGUUCCUGCAAAACGGAUAACGGAAUAUUCUAUGUAUGUUUGAUGAAGGUUGGACAUUUGGCCAAACCCAUUCAUUCUAAGGAUAAGAAGCGCUGUGCGGUCGCAGCGUUUACAAUCUCCUAAUUGCUUCUUUAUUAUUGCUUUAUUGCUGUGGGCUGAGGAAAUAGAUUGUAUUUCCAGCGUAGUGUUACGUAAGAGUGACUUUAUCCAAGGUGCUGAACUGAACCAUAUAGCGGGACACAGAAGGAAGAAGGCAAUCUAGCAAGGUCACAGGCCUAUUCGUGGGGGAUUUAGAGAGGACCGCACAGCACUGGCAUCGUUGAUCCCCUUAUUCCUGUAGCAAGACCGCCUUUUUAUUUUAUUUUUCUCCUUGGUGAAAUAAAGGUGGUCUACUACACUAGGAGAAAAUGUCGGGGCAGACGCUCACGGAUCGUAUUGCCGCUGCGCAGUACCAGUUGACGGGAUCAGAGGUAUCUCGCGCCGUCUGCAAGGCAACCACUCACGAGGUGAUGGCGCCCAAGAAAAAGCACCUGGAAUAUCUGAUAUCGGCCACCAAUGCGACCAACGUGAACAUCCCUCAGAUGGCCGACACUCUGUUUGAGAGGGCCACCAACGCCAGCUGGAUUGUCGUCUUCAAGGCCCUAGUCACCACACACCACAUGUGUGUCCAUGGAAAUGAGAGGUUCAUCCAGUACCUGGCCUCCAGGACCGCUCUGUUCAACCUCAGCAACUUUAUUGACAAAACAGGCUCCCACGGCUAUGAUAUGUCUACUUUCAUCAGACGUUACGGCCGCUACCUCAAUGAGAGGGCUUUUGCCUACCGCCAGAUGGCUUUCGACUUCACCAAAGUCAAGAAGGGUGCUGAAGGGGUGAUGAGGACAAUGGCUCCAGACAAGCUGUUAAAAGGCAUGCCCGUCCUGCAGACUCAGAUCGACACACUGCUGGAGUUUGAUGUCCAUCCCAAGGAGCUGAAUAACCCUAUCAUCAACGCAGCAUUCCUGCUGCUCUUCAAGGAUCUGGUCAAGCUUUUUGCCUCCUACAACGACGGGAUCAUUAAUUUAUUAGAGAAAUACUUUAAGAUGAAGAAGGGCGAUUGCAAGGAGGCCUUGGAGAUCUAUAAGAGGUUCCUGACCAGGGUCACCAAGAUCGGAGAGUUCAUGAAGCUCGCUGAGACAGUCGGUGUCGAAAAAAAUGACAUUCCAGACAUCAACUAUGCUCCCAGUAGCAUCCUGGAGUCGCUGGAGACACACAUGAACAGCUUGGAGGGGAAGAAGGGUGAAGGGUCUCCAACAAAGGGGUCCCCCACCAAUAACGUGUCCCCGACCUCCACCCCCGCCAAAACUGCAGCCGCCGUGCCCACCCUAGUGCCGCCACCUGAAGAAGCCACUGAUUCUCUGUUGGAUCUGGACCCUCUGUCCUCCUCUGGUCCGUCAGCAGGAGCCUCAGCAGCCCCUAUGUCCUGGGGAGACCUCCUUGGAUCAGAAAUGGGCGAGUCCAUGCUUCCUGACCCCACCCUCGCUGUAGACACCGCUCCCUCUCCCGCGGGGGUAACGCCCACCCCUACAGCCGCAGAGCCAGGAGUCACUCUGGCUCCUCCCCCUAGUGCGGCCGCCGGCACUUCCCCCGGUGCGACGAAUAUGGAUCUGCUGGGAGAUGCGUUUUCGACCCCUGUUUCCGCCUCUGAUGCCUCUGCCGCUGCCGAGGGCGGGGCUCCGGCCUCCACACCAACCCCUGUCACCGACGCUGCAGCUGACCCCUUUGCCCCCACUGGUUGCAGUUCAAAUGCAGUAGGCCCAGGGCUGGACCUGUUUGCCAUGAUGCCAAUGGCGAACAACUGCUUUAACUCAGUGGCGCCCCCUCCUGCCCCCUCAUCCACCAUCACAGCACCCAUCCCCCCCACCACCACCCCAUCGAUAGACCUCUUCAGUGCUAUGUUUGAUUCCAUGCCAGAUCCAAGCUUCACCAAAGCAGACCCUGCCCCCAGUGUUGACAUGUUUGGAGCAGCAGAUGCAUUCUCCUCCCCUGCCCCCCUCCUCUCCUCAGACCUCCCAACGGACAAGGGGGCGAUCAUGGACAUGUUUGGGGACUCCACCGGUGGAGAAACCCAGCCUGCUACCCCUGCAGCUGCCUCUGGUGCUGAGCUGAUGGCAGCGUUUGAUGGUCUAGGGGAUGUGUUGAUGCCUGCUAUGACGCCCCAGACCGGGGCCACCUCAUCUCCAGUUAAACCUAUGGGAGGGGACCUAGACGCCACCAUGGCUAGCAUGGCUAGCAACCUGGGAAUGGGGAGCCAAAAACCGGGGGAGAAUACGAUGGGAAGCGGAGGCUGGUCAACUCCUCAGGUAGCUCCUCCAAGUUGGGGAGCUCCCAUGAACGUUCCAAUGGGGUCCCCUUCUUUUAUGGGGUCUUACCAAGGAUUCAGCAUGGGCGGGGCGGCCGGCACUGGAGCUCCCAUGAUGCCCAUGGUUAGGCCAGGCUUUGGAGCCCCUGCAGCCCCAGGAGCACCGAUGGGAUCUCCAGGGAUGGCCGGGAGCCCAAGGAAGCCUCCGCCCCCCAAGAAUGCCCUGGACGACCUCAACAUCAAGGACUUCAUGUAAACCCCUCUAACCCAACCCUCCAAGGUUGUUGUUGUGUCUGGAGCUAUGGAUGUGGAUGUGUGUACUCCCCGUCUCCCUCCUGUCACGCCCCAGCCCCUUCAGCCAACCAACCAUCAGCACUACGACUCCUGUCCUCUGACUUCCCCGGAACCUCUGUCUGCUGUUGUAGCAAAAACUGUGGAUGUGAAUCAUAGAUACAGAAAACAAAAUUGUGUGUGUGAGUGUGUAUGUACUUCAAUGUUAUCCUUUACCUAAACUAAGACAAAAUGUACCAUAAAAAAUUCCAGUGUAUUUAGAUUAGUUCUGGAACUCCCAUGUGUCAGCUGACUUGGAAUGGUGGAUCUGUGAUGAUUUUCUUGCGGGUUUCCCAGACGAGGACUGUGUUGUUAACCAUGGACUGUGUUCGGUGUGUGUAAACCUCACUGGCCAAUCCCUGCCCUAUCCCGUCCCUCACUAUCCAAUCAAAUUCUGUGCUGAACUGUCUUUCUGACAUCAUUCAACACUUAGUUGUACUUCUCUCCAUUAAUUGAUCCAUCCAGCCUCUUUUAGAACAGAUACAGUUCUAUUGGUGUAUAUUUAUGAAUAUUGAAAGAUGUACAACUGUCACCACAAAUCUAGGUUUACAAA